AUGGAGCUGCAAGUGUUGAAGCUCGUCUUCACAGCCUUCACGGUCGUGUUCCUCGGCGCUGUGAUUCGGGUUCUCGACAUCAUGAUAUGGAGGCCACAGAGGCUACGAUCGAAGCUCCGGGAACAAGGCGUCCGAGGUCCUCCGGGUUCUUUCCUCAUUGGGAACCUCCGUGACAUAAAGAUAAAGAUGCUUCGAUCGCAUUCCGCCACACCCUCGAAACCACCAUCACAAGAAGAUGAGCAAGCCUUAACGCACGACUGCUCCUCCGAGCUCUUCCCAUCCCUAGAUUGCUGGAGACAAAAAUACGGGAGUGUGUUCAUGUUCUCGGUGGGGAACAUACAGAUUCUGUACGUGUACGAUGUGGAGGCAGUGAGGGAGAUGAGCACGUGCACCUCGCUGGACUUUGGCAAGUCUUCUCUCCAGCUGAAGGUGACGGGUCCUUUGAUUGGCCAAGGCAUUUCGAGCUCCAAUGGUGCCCAUUGGGCUCACCAGAGAAAGAUUCUUGCUCCAGAGUUAUACGUCGACAAAGUUAAGGGCAUGAUAAAAUUGAUGGUGGAGUCUUCAAUCACUUUGGUGAAUUCAUGGAGUGAAAAGAUUGAGAAGGAAGGAGGAGUUGCUGAGAUCGAGGUUGACAGCCACUUGAGGAGCUUUUCUGGGGAUGUGAUCGCAAAGGUAAAUUUGGGAAGAGAUCUCGAAGAAGAGAUCUCCAAGACAGCCUUCUUCUUUGCAAUCCCUGGGUUUAGAUACUUGCCAACCAAGAGCAAUAGGGAAAUAUGGAAGCUGGAGAGGGAGAUUCGGUCCAUAAUCCUAAAGGUGGCGAAGGAACGAAAGAAGACAGCCCCAGAGAACGACCUGCUUCAGAUGAUACUGGAAGGUGCUGAGAAAAGCGGCAAGCUGGGACGUGGCGACCUGAUGGACCGUUUCAUCGUGGACAACUGCAAGAUCUUCUACUUGGCCGGCUACCAGACGACUGCCGUCGCAGCCUCGUGGACGCUGAUGCUAUUGGCCUCGAACCCGGAAUGGCAAGCCAAAGUACGCGAGGAGGUCGUGCAAGUGUUGCGUGGCGGCCAAUUUCCUGAUGCUGAUGCCCUUCGGAAGAUGAAAACGUUGACGAUGGUGAUUUAUGAGACACUACGUCUUUACCCACCUGUGGCCCUUUUUGCAAGAGAGACGCUUGAAGACAUGAAGUUUAGGAACAUCCAAGUCCCAAAAGGUGUCAACAUUUGGAUCCUCACCGUGACCCUCCACCAAGACCCUGAGAUCUGGGGGCCCGACGCUGGCCGCUUCAACCCAGAGCGGUUCGCCAAUGGUGUCCCCAAAGCGUGUAAGCUCCCGCACACGUACUUGCCCUUUGGGGCCGGGCCUCGCUCGUGUCUAGGGCAGAACUUUGCGAUGAUGCAGCUGAAAGUCCUCCUUUCGCUCAUAAUUUCCAACUUCUCCUUAGAAAUCUCGCCCGAGUACAGACACUCUCCGGCUCUUACUUUGGUCAUAGAGCCUGAAUUUGGAGUGGAUCUUAUUGUACGGAGACUCUGA